AUGGACAUUCGUGUCCUCACCAGCGCGGACCUCCCGCUCAUCCAGCACGCCAACCUGGAGAACCUCCCCGAAAACUACUUCCUCAAAUACUACCUGUACCACGCGCUGUCAUGGCCGCAACUAAGCUACGUCGCCGUGGAUGUGAGCCGCCCUGCCAAAGGACCGUACGAUUACCCCAAGAUUGUGGGCUACGUGCUGGCCAAGAUGGAGGAGGAGCCGACGGACGGAGUGCCCCAUGGUCAUAUUACGAGUUUGAGUGUCAUGAGGACGCAUAGACGGCUUGGUAUUGCGGAGAAGUUGAUGCGACAGAGCCAAUUGGCCAUGGUGGAAUCCUUCCAAGCGAAAUACGUGUCUCUUCAUGUGCGCGUCUCCAACGUCGCUGCCCGGCAUCUCUACGAAGAUACAUUGGGGUUCAAGAAUGAAAAGGUCGAGGCGAAGUACUACGCGGACGGGGAGGAUGCGUUCUGCAUGCGUCUGGACCUCGAUGGUAUUAAGAAGCAGAUUGAGGAUGCGGACAAGGAGACGAAUGGUACGGAUGGCGAGGUGGAUGAGGGUGAGGCGGUGGGCGAGGUUGGUCGUGAUCCUGCGAAGGGGAAGGAGGAGAGGAAGAUGAAGGUUGCUGUGGGGAGGAGUCUGGGCGUAGGGGCGUUGGUUGAGAAGGAUGAGAGUAAGCAUUGA